AUUCAGUCAAGAAUAAUGCAAAUGCAACUGUUGCUAAAAAUAGUGAUACAACACUAGUCAACAACAUUACUGAAACCGAUGAAGAUGAAGUGAUAGAAGCCAGUCCUAUGCAAAGAAGUGUUGCAUCUAAAGUCAAACAGUGUUUGAAAUUGAAGAGGAAAAUUCCUGUAAAACGUUUAGAUUUUUCAUUAUAUCCUUCGCCUAAAUAUAUUUCUACGCAAAUGGAAAAUGUUAAUACAUUAAAAGAUAAAGUUAACAUAAGUUAUCUUUCACCAAUAAAAGUGCAUAAGAAGACCGAUAUUCAAAUUAAAAAAUUUAUUAAAGUCCAAAAUGAAGAUCAACCAUUAACGAAUAAAAUAAAUAAUUUCAAUUUGGAUGACACAGAAAACAAGCCACAAGAAAAAAAAAACGAUAUUGGAAAAGUUUAAUGUAAGGUCAAACAGAAAGGACGUUUCAAAGCAGCUUAACAUGCGAUGUAAAGCUGAUAGAGCAAAAUUAAAAGGCUCGGAUUGCUGGGAAUGCAGAGAAUAUUAUCAGAUUUUGAAAUUGUCUAAAGAAGAAUUGCAAAAGCGGAAGAAUCAAUGCUCGCGACAUCGGGACAGAUUUGAGCGACCAAAGACACCAGAAGGUUUUCGGGAUCCGGAAUUUUCUGAGACAUUUGGCACUUAUUGAUAGCUAAUAAAAGGUGAAAUGUUUCGUGAUUCGAAAUUGUGACACGUGGUACAGAAGCAUGUCUUCAUUUUGAUAACUCAUUUUCACAUCAUACUCCUCAUCAAUUUCAUGUCACUUUGACAUUAUUUUUACCACGUUGUUUUCACUGGGAUGCGUUCAUGUACACAUGCAUAAUUAAAACUUUUUAUUUCUUACUAUUUACAAGCAAUAUAUG